CAUAUCGUCGUUAUGGCGGCGUGGCGGUAAUUCGGAGCUCGCCACAGAGACGCCACGACUCGGGAGUCUAUGGCGUCCGCCACAUAGGAACGAAGGCGAUAUGGCGUCGAUUUGGCGUCUGUUGGCAUCACGAAACAUAUGGCGGGCGCCGUAAGUUGAAAGGGGGGGAUUAGAAAAGUCCAGAACAGACCUGAGCACAUACAGACCUUAUCCUCUGCUCGGGCGCAGCAGGCCGGCGCUUCCUCCUCCGCCUACGGUCCGGGGCUUCCUCCUCUGCCAGCGGUCCGGCGCUUCCUCCUCCGCCAGCGGUCCGGCGCUUCUUCCCCCGCCGGGCGCAGCGCAUCUGCCUUCGCCGGGAGCCCGUGGCGCACGCGCAUCUUCCUCCGCUCGUCGGGAUCCGGCGCAUCCUCCUCCGCCAGGGGCCGGCACCUCUUCCUCCGCUCGCCGGCGCCUCUUCCUCCGCUCGCCGACGCAUCUUCCUCAGCUCGCCGGGAGCCGGCGGCCCGGCGCAUCUUCCUCCGCCCGUGGCUGCCUCGAGUCGAGCCGCUUUCGACAGCACCGCUCUCUGAGUCUCUGGCUCUCUGCUCCGUGCUCCCCCCGUCGCCCGGUAUGUGUAGACAGUUAGACACUAGACAGACUGACAGAGACUACAAGCAGGCCUAGUAUUGCAGAAGCAACCGUAUGUCUCAUGCUCUAGAAUUUCCAUAGUCCGUAGACUAAGUACUCAGUAUAUACAAGAAUAAGAGAUUGGUCAUUUUCUAACGGAUAUAGCUUUGAUUUAGUGCAUUACUGCAUUGCAUAUUAAAAGUGUCUCACCAAAGUGUACUUAAUAGGUAUAUACAACAAAAAGAUGCAGAAACUACUUUCAAGACAGGCUAUUGGAUAACAGUCCAGAUUUAUUUUGGCUUCCUUCUGGGUUCAAGACAAGUGCAUUGAAAUACCUAGAACAUGGCUACUCAAGGGACUAGAAGUGCGGAGGCCUCGGACGCAGCAUCAAAUUAUGAUCCAAAGACUGAUCCAAAGCGCAAGCCGGCAAGGUCAAAUGAUCCUGGAUGGAAAUAUGCAUUUUGGCCGACUAUUGGUAAUAGAGAUCUCUUGCAGUGUUGCUUGUGUGAUAGAACUGUAACUGGAGGAAUUACAAGACUCAAAGAGCAUCUUGUGGGUGGUUAUGGAGAUAUUCUGAAGUGUGCCAAAACCACACCAGUUAUUGCUCAUGAGAUGCAAGCUGCUUUGAAGGGCAAGAAGAGACCACUUUUGCUUGAUGAUGAUGGAGAGCUACAAGGAGAAGAUGAUGAUGUGCUUGAUGUGACAGAGGAGUCACAAGAUGCUUCUAGAAGCAUUGUGCAUCCUAGUUCAGGGACAGCUGCCAAAAGGAAACAAUCCAGCCUUUUGAAGUUCAGAGCACCAAAAGAGCCCAACACAAAGUCAGUCGAUUCAAUGAUUAGGAGAACUCCAAAAGAGGUUGUCGAAGAAAGACAUUCGAAGGGUCCUUCUCAGAUCAGUAUCCAAGCAAGCAUGAGGACAAAAGAAGAAAGAGAAGCUGUCAACUUGGAGUGGACCAGGUUCUUUUAUGAGUGUGGCAUACCAUUCAAUGCCGCAAAUUCUAGGCAAUUUGAGAUUGCUAUAGAGGCCACUGCACAAUAUGGUUCUGGGUACAAGCCUCCUACCUACCAUGAGCUUAGGGAGCCUUUACUCGAGAAGGUCGUUAAGGAAACAGAUGAUUUGAGAAAGAGGCAUGAGGAUGCAUGGAAGCAAUAUGGUGAACCCAGGAAAAUUCUAUGCCAUCCAAAAAGAGAAUGA